AUGGGGCAAAGUCCAAGUGGGAGAGAAGAUGCUGGUGAUGAUAUUCAAAACUUUUGGCAAACUGACCCCACCAGCACUGAAUUGUCAUCUCCCGAACUGAAACAAAAGAAAAACUUUCUUCUCAAAUUAUUCAAAAUUCAUCCCGAUCAAUUAUUUAAUGGACAUGUAAACACUCCACUCUCACCGACAACGACAGCCACUCUCAAAACCUUCACAAGUCAUUUGGACUCAAAUCAUUUAAAUAUGGCUCAAUCUGCGUCCAUGUUGGCAUCACGAUCAGCCUUUUCUAAUAUCAUUGGAAAUUAUACUGUGGAUGAAGAGGAAGAUUUAACAUCGGUUGGUUCAUUUGUGAGAAAGGAAAAAGCAAGUGAACCACUGGUGAUGAGAAAUGUCAAGGACUUUAAAAGAUUUAAACAUUUCAAUAGGAUUACAUGUUUGAAAGUGAAUAGAGAUCGAGUGUGGACUGCUUCACUGGAUAAAACAAUAUGUUGUUGGGAUCGAGAAACUGGAGACUGUAUCAAGCUAUUUCAGGGACAUUCCAAAGCUGUCACAUGUUUUCAUAUUGAUAUCAAAAAUGGCUUACUGUACAGUGGCUCGUAUGAUCGAUCGGUUAAAGUGUGGGAUAUUGAAACACAAAAUUGUGUGCAAACUUUUGACUCUAAUGAGAAUUGGAUUAGCUGUCUUGCUGUUGGAAAUGGUUAUUUGUUUUGUUCCGGUUAUGAUUAUGCCAUUUCUGUCUAUGAUGUGAAAACUGGAAAGAAAAUAGCUAAAAUGGUUGGACAUUUUAAAAAGGUGGAAGACAUGAUUUUUAACCACUCAGAAGGAAUAUUAUACACAACUGGUGCAGAUUGUACAGUUCGAGCAUGGGAUGUCUCCUCCCUGACUUGUGUCAAAGUUCAUCUCUGUAGGGAGUAUUGUCACUAUUUUACAAAAUAUGGUAAUUGUAUAUACGUGAGUCAACCUCAAAAUAUUUAUUCAUUCAAUAUAGAGACCAACAAGUCGAAUCCACUACUGGUUGGAAUUACCAAUUUUUGUGUCCUGACAGAAGAUAAUCCUGAAGAUGGCUCCUAUUUGGCUGGAUGGAACAAGGAAAAGAGACAAUUUGAAAUUUAUGAUUUAAAUGAGCUAACUCUACUUCAUACACUUCCUCAGGAUAGCAUCCUGGAUGCAUCAAAUCUGUACGGUGAUUUAUCUUGCAAUCGACUCUAUUUUACAUCGGGAUGUUUUGUAAAAUUUAUAGAUAUUUCAGUAAUCCAUAAUGCAAAGAAUAGCACAUCUUUAUUGAACAAACCUGUAUAUAUGCACUAUGAGGAAUUAUUUAAUUAUUUUGUGGAGGUUCUAUUUUAUCCUGUAACCAAAGUGGCGGAUGCGAUUGAACAAUUAGAUUCCAUACAACCUUUAAGUGAAUUUAAAAAUUUAAAUGAUCAAAUUGAACGACUUUCUGCCUACUUUAAACAACAGCAAGUGGAAAAAACAUCGAACGAGAGUUCUGCUUCUCUCACUUCCUUACAACACUCAUUUCAACACAAUACGAGUCAUCACUCAUUGAUGCAACAAGAUGAUUUAUACUACAUUUCAAAGGGAAUAGCACAAUCUUACGACUCUUCAGGAAGUAUGAUCACUCCCAAUAACUAUGACAAGGCGACAAUUUCUGAUCGUGAAUUUCCUAACACAACCUUGCAACGAAACAAUAAUUCUUCUAUAUAUUUUGAACUCUCUGUUGUACCUCAAAAUGUCAUGAGUAUUGCUGAGAGAAUGAAAGCCAUUGCAAGUUUGUGUCUUGAUGGAUUCAACAAUAACACUCAAACCACAAACAAUGUCACAAUUCCAUCAGUCAUCUAUACAGAUAGCGAGAGAGAACUGGACUAUGAAACAAGGAAAGAAUUAUUCUAUCACAAGUUACGACAAUUGAAAGGAGAGGGCUUAUUACAACCAACGGUUGUGUUUGUGAGGAGAGAGCAUCUAGUUUUUGAUGCUUGCAAAAAUUUCUCCAUUCUCAAGGGAGUCGAUUUAAUGAAACCAAUGUUUGUUUAUUUUGCUGGUGAACAAGGUUUCGAUGUGGGAGGAGUUACAAGAGAAUUCUAUCAUUUAUUAUCACAGAAAAUACUAGAUUCUAAUAAUGCCUUAUUUGUUAGAACUGGGCAUGCCAACACGUAUCAUCCAAAUCCCACUUCAGCUGUCAAUGCUGACCAUUUACAAUAUUUUCAUUUCAUUGGCAAGUUGAUUGGAAAAGCUCUCUCUGAUAACAAAAUGAUGGACACACAUUUUUCAAAAGUAAUUUUCAAACUAAUUGUUGGACGACCUGUUACGUUUGAAGAUUUAGAAGCCGUAGAACCCACCAUGUACUUAUCUCUCAAAAAGAUGUUACUCUUAGAUAAUAUUGACAGUAUUAUGGAAAUGACUUUCACUGCAGAUAUAAACGAUUUCGGAGAAAACAAUGUUUAUGAAUUGUGCGAAAACGGAGAAGAAAUUGAAGUCAAUGAUGAUAACAAGUAUGAAUUUGUGGAGGCUUACGCUAAAUGGAAACUUGUUGAAUCUGUACGACCGCAAGUCGAAAAGAUGCUUGAGGGCAUUUACGAAGUGAUUCCUCCUGAAUACCUUACCAUUUUCAAUGAAAGCGAAUUGGAAUUACUACUCUGCGGAAGUACAGAAUUUUCCAUCUCUGAAUGGAGACAACACACCUUCUAUGAGGGUGGAUUUGACGACAAUCAUCCUACGGUUCAACUUUUUUGGAAAAUGCUCGAACAAGAAUUUUCACACCUUCAACAAGCUCAACUUUUACAAUUUGCCACAGGAACCUCCUGUUUACCAUGUGAGGGAUUUUCUGGACUCUCUCCACCAUUCACACUUUGUUUAUUGAGACAUUAUAUUUCGACCGAGUACUUCCCAGUGGCUCACACGUGUUUAAAUCGAAUUGAUAUACCACCCUAUGAAACUCUUGAAAAGAUGACAGAUAGGUUUAAAAAAGCGUUGAGAUUAGGUGGCUCACAAGGAUUCUCCAUGCAUUGA